AUGGAUUCUACAUCUGUAUUACCAACAUUUUCAGAUGUGAGUCUGACAAUAUCUCAUGUUGAGUGUCUCCCCAAGGAUAUUUUGGUGAAAUUUCAAGGCAGAAAUAAUGAUGAAUGUGAGUUUGACUACCAUAUAUUGCAGAGGGAAAUGCAACAUAUUCCAAAAGUAAAAAAUAAUGUAGACAUUGAUGAAUUUUGUUUGGUGGAAGAAAGAGGGUCUGGAGAAUGGCAGAGAGCAAGAGUUGUGGAAAAGAGAAAAGAACUCUAUACAGUGCUCCUUAUAGAUCAUGGAGAAGAACUAAGAGUUGAUAGUACACAGAUUGCUUCAGCCUGUGGCAGUUUAUUUGAGCUACUACCAUGGAUAGUGUUUGGUAUUUUUGCCAACAUACUACCAAUUGGGGAAAAGGGGUCUCCCAAGGCUUUGAAUUAUUUCAAGUCACUAGUAGGAAUACAAGUGAAAGGUUAUGUGCAAGCUAUUUUGCCCCUGCAAAUGAUACUUCUUAAAGUGCCAAAAAGUACAUCACAAGCUCUUGAAUUACAGUUAGGAAGACUUACUGAUGGAGAUUCAUAUUGUCUUAUUGUGGAAAUGUUGAAAGAAUUUCCUCACCAAAUGCCAGGUUUAUUACAGCAUGAAAGAUCUGAUUUGUCAUUAAGCAAUAGUGAUACUUUACUUGAUAUUCAACAUGUUCUGGAUAAUUUGCAGCCUUCUUUGUCAAUAGGAAGUAUUAAAAGUGUAAAGGUAUCAUCUACAUUGAGCACAAAUAAAUUUUUUUGUCAGUUAAUUGAAAGGAUUCCAGAGCUGGAAAACUUCACAGUGUGUAUGACUUUGCAUUAUGACAUUACCAGCCAAGAAACUAGUGCCACAUGUGAUAAUUUUGGACUACUUUGUGUUCCCAAAAGGAGAGAUGGACAGUGGCAUAGAGGAAUUAUGCAGCAACUCUUGCCCAAUAACCAAAUAAAAAUUUGGUUUAUGGAUUAUGGCCAUAGUGAGGCUAUACCCUCAACUCAUGUAAAGAAACUUAAGCAGAAUUUUAUUUUUGUACUAUUAUUUUCAUUUCCGUGUACUCUGACGUAUUUACACAGUCCAGAUAGAGAUGCAAGAAAAUUGCAACUGAGUUUACUUAAACAGGCUUUGUUAGGGCAGAUAGUAUAUGCACACAUUGAUUGGUUCAAUAAGGGUAAGCAUUUAUAUUAUGCGACAUUACAAACUCAGGAGUCUACAAUUAAUUCAAAAUGUCUGCUAAAAACUCUAGGUUCUCAAGUACUUUGUCCAGUGUCUGAUUCAAAAAUCUCCAAUAUCUUGAAUGACACUAGUCCUCAUGUAAACGGCUUUGCAGUUGAGGAUUUUAUAGGGAAUACUGCAAGGUCAGUAGACUCGCUAAAUAAAAAAGACAUUUUAAAAAUAGGUUUUUCUAUGAAAACUGUGGAACUGGAGAUAAAGGCUACCUAUAUAGGUUUUGUAGCAUAUGUAUUAAACCCUUCUAAUUUCUGGGUGUGUGCUAAUGAUCAUCAGAAUGAAUUUCAAGACAUGAUGAAAAAUAUAAACCAAUUUUAUGAUUUAUGUGAGAAUGAUGAACUGAUGCUAAUAAAUCCUGAACCUGGAUUCUAUUGUUGUGCUAGAUAUAGCCAUGACAGAUGUUUUUACAGAGCUGUCAUCACUGAAAUUAAUGGUUGUAAGAUUGAUGUUUAUUUUUUGGAUUAUGGGAAUACUGAUUCCAUGCCAUUUUUUGAUGUAAAAAUUUUGCUUCCAGAAUUUUGUAAAUUACCUGCCUUAGGCAUGUGUUGCUCACUUGCACAUGUAUUUCAUGCUGAAGAUUUAUGGGUGAAGGCAGCAAUUAAUUUUAAAAAAAUGGUUUUGAACAAAGCAAUUUUGCUUCAGGUAAUAGCAAAAAAAAAAAAAAAAGAUGACAAGUACACUGUAAAUAUUCAGAGUAUUGAAACCUCAGAAAAUACUGAUGUUGUGUCUCUUCUGUUACAAGCCGGAUAUGCAGAAUAUUGGGAAGUAGAACCAGAAUGUUUUCCAAAACCUGUUAGUGAAUAUUCAGUGUUAAGUUUAAAAUCUAAAAACAAAGUUAACAUUAAAGUCGUAUCUACUCUUAAUAAAAGACCUAAACCUAAAAAGUACCAUUCAAAUAAGCUGGAGAAUAAUAAAUUGUCUUUGUCAAAGUUACCAGCUGUUAAUUCCUCAGAUUUAAAAAAUCCUUUCACCUUCUCUGUUGGACCUAAGUCUGCACAGCCUUAUAAAGAAUAUAUGUUUAAACCAGGAACAGUUCUUAAAGUUAAAUGUUCUUGUUGCCAUGGCCCAGGUGAUUUUUCAUGCCAGCUCCAGUCUAAGUUAGAUGACCUAAAAUUACUAAUGGAACAAAUUCAGAAUUAUUAUAGUGUUCAUUCUGAUUCUUAUCAGAUUGGGCAUGUUGCUUGUGUUGCUAAGUAGUCAAAAGAUGGGAAGUGGUAUAGAGCUGCUGUUUUGACUCAAAUAUCAAAAAAAGUUGACAUAUUAUUUGUUGACUAUGGUUACCAAGAAAGAGUUUUAAUUAAAGACCUUUGUGCUAUUAAGCCAUGUUUUCUGUUUUUAGAAGGUCAAGCCUUCAGGUGUUGUCUUAACUAUUUAGUUGAACCCAUGAGUUGUAAAUUGUUCAGUUGGACCAGAGAAGCAUCCAGAGACUUUGGGGAUUUUAUUUCUUCAUCUAGAGGGUUAUUGACUUGUGUCAUUUAUGCCUUAGCACUUAUACAUCCAAAUCGUUUAUGUAGUCUAGUGGACUUACAGUCUUCAUUAACUAGUGCAAGAGAAUAUUUUAUUAAUCAUGGUUCCACAUAGUACAGCUUAUCAAAGCCCCUCCCAUCUUCAGUUAGUCUUUACAGUUACUAUUAUUCUUCCUUUAAUAUAAACAUUAGAAGUGAAGAAGUGUACAUAUUUCACAUAUAUAGUCCCAAAAGGUUUUAUUGCCAACUUAGUAGAAAUAAUAAAGAUUUAGAAAUCAUAGAAAGAAAAAUCACAGGAAUUAUUAACUUCAAAAAUUGUCCAAGAUAUGAUUCUAGUAAAAUGAGAGCAUGCGUAUCUCAGUAUGUAGAGGAUGGUGUCUCAUACAGAGCUCUAGCAGUACCAGUAGAUUCAUCAUCUGACUUUCUAGUCUACUUUGUGGACUUUGGAAAUAAGCAAUUAGUAGUAGAAAAUAUGUUGAGGGCCAUUUCAGAUCAGUUUCCAGAGUUGCAGUUUAUACCUAUGCAGGCUAUUAAGUAUUAUCUCUCAGAUCUCAGAGAUGUAGAUAUUCCAGCAGAAAUCAAGAACUGGUUUGAAGACAAUUUCUUGGGGAAACCAUUAAAGGCAGUGAUAUUGUCUAGAGAGUCAGAUGGCCAGCUUGGUAUAGAGUUGUAUGAUAGAUAUCAACAAAUAAAUCAGGAAAUGAAAAUGUUGCUUCAUGUUUAUAGGAAAAAACAUUGUGAUCAAGCACACUGUAUAGAAAGCAGUCUUAAAAUAAAUGAGAGUAAGAGACUUGUGCCUUCUUUGAAAAGCAAAAUAGAAAACAACUACCAUAAUAUGAAAAAUAAUACUAGUUUGGUGACAUUUUCUAAAAGCAAAAAAGACCAAUCAGUGCUUCCCAAAAGUAUGUAUACCAGGCUUUUGAAACCAUCAGUUGUUUAUAAAUUUGAGUCUGUGUCAGAAAACAAAGUGAAGAAAUCUUUGAAUGAUGGACUUAAAAUUAAAGGUAUAAAAAUUGCCCCCGGAUCUACACAUACUCUUAAUGAAAAUGAUAUGGGCCAAAAAUCAGUAAAAGUGGUGUCACAGUCUUUUAUUAGAGAGUUAAGUCAAGCAGCCUCACAAAACCUAUAUAACUUUAUUAGACCACAAAUCAGAGACCUUCCUUAGCCUGAAAUUUACUUGAAUACCAGAGUUAAAGGAUAUGUUUCUAAUAUCAGUAAUCCAGCAAAUUGUCGUAUUCAGCUUGCCGAGAAUGAACGUAUAAUUGCCGAACUUGCAGAUGCUCUAAAUGAGAAAAAAGCAAAUAGAGUGAAAGAGAGAAAACCAGUUAAGCCUCUGGUAGGAGAUCUUAUUGUUGCAGAAUAUUCUGGUGACAGAGCCAUUUACAGAACAGUUAUAAAGAAAAUUUUGCCAGGAAGUUCUUUCAGAGUGGAAUUUAUUGACUAUGGUAACACUGCAAUAGUAAACACAUGUAAAAUUUAUGAACUUAAGAGGGAAUUCUUAACUAUUCCUCAGCUAGGAAUCCAUUGUUUUCUUAGUGGAGUCAAAUGGAAUGAGCCUGAUGAAAUAUGGGACAGUGAAAUUGUAGAAUAUUUUGCUUCAAGAGUAAGUAACAAAAUAGUUUCAUGUGAAUUUUUGAAAAAGCAUGAGUAAAAAUGGGAAGUAAAUAUAAUUUGUGAUGACAAAUGUAUUACUAAUGAACUACUGAAAUGGAUAGCAUUAUGUUCAAAACUACAGAAGACAGUGUCACAGAUGCCUCAGGUUGUCUCUCAAAAGGUGAGCCAUGGAGAUGAUAAUGAAAUGAGCAAAGAAAGAUCAAAUGAAUAUGAAGGUUCUGUGAUCCUUCCACCAGCCUACCAACAGCUAGUUAAAAUUCCUUUUGAAGAGUUAAAACCUGGACAACUUGAAAAAGCGCAAAUACUUUGUGUUUCAAAAAGUGGAAAAUUUUAUGUGAAGUUAUCAAAAAAUAAAAGAAGAUUAUCAGAUUUAGCAGUAUUAAUUAAUAAAGAGGAAGAACUUUGUUUUUUAUCAAUGGAAAAUAUUGAAAAAGACUUAGAAUGCUUGGCAAAAUCUAAAAACACUUUGAAGUGGUAUCGAUCAAAAAUAGAAAAGUGUGUUGAUGAAAAAGUGCUUGUUUUUUUAGUAGAUCAUGGUAGGCAUGAAGUGGUGCCUUUAUGUAAUACCAAAGUGCUUAGUAAUGAAAUCAGAAAUCUUCCUAGACAAGCUGUGCCUUGUAAAUGGAUUUGGUUUGAAAAUUCUGGAAACAUACCACUUGAGUCCAUUUUAUGUUUAUUUGUUCAUUUGGCAAUAAACAUCCUUUUCUUAAAAUAUUUAGACUGUCCUUGGGAGGUAGAAAUUUUGGUAGAAUUAGUAGAUGGCCUACUACUUUUGGAAUAUUUAAAUUUAAAUAUAGUUCAGGUUGAAGACGACAAACCUAGAUCGUCAGGGAUACAUUUCAGCUUGGCAUCCAAGACUCCUGUGUCAUCAUGUGCAAUAAGAUUGUUUACUUGGGCACAGCUCCAAAAUGGUAGGUGGUAUUCUGGUAUUGCCUCUACUGUUUGACCGUCAGACUUGUGUGUUCAGUUAGAAGAUUUCUUUGACACAAUGAAAUAUCUCUUUAUGUUGCUCUCUGAUCUCCCAGGAAAUUUACAAACAUUUCCUCAAGAGCUCAUAAUUCCUGGUUCUAGUUGUUUGUUCAAAUAUGAAUUGGAAGAUCAGUGGAAUAGAGUAGAAAUUUCUGAAGUUUAUGAUCAGUCUUUACUUCUUUUGUUGAUUGGCUAUAGAUUUUAUAUGUAUAUUCCUUAUUCAGAUAUAGUAAAUCUUAAAGGAGUUCCUGAGGAACUUUUGAAUUUGCCAAGGCUAAGUUAUCCAUGUAUCUUAUAUGGUAUCUUACCCGCUAAAGGAAAAUAUUGGGAUAAAGAAGACAAAAGGUUUUUUCAAGAUUUUCUAUGUAAACCAGGCUUGAUUUUUCAGGUUCAGGACUAUAGUUUUGAAACAAAACUGAAAGUAGACGUCAUCCAUGAGAAAAGCAGUUUGGCAGAUUUGUUAGUUGCAUCUGGUUUUGCAGUGCAUUCUAAAGGUUCAGCUCAUCUCGAUGCAGUCACUGCCUCCGGAUCUACUGCCAGAGAAGCAGAAACCUGUAAAGAAGAAAAAUGUCAAUAA